GCCAGCGGUCACACCGAACGAAAAUAAUUUUUGUUAUUGCCAACAACAAAUUUUUGUUGUUGUUAAAUGGCAGAGCCAACAGCAGACGCUCCGCGCUUCGUUCCAAUCCACCUGACAGCCAGCAGCCACAGCGGCAGUUAAUACCGCAGAGCUGCCAGCGCCGUCCCUCGUUCCAAGUGGGUGUCGGAGCAGAUCCCGGGGACGUGAACGCGAUCUAUUUUGGCCAGCAGAGUUACGUGAACGUUGUCGUCGUCGGAUUUCGGGCUCGGAUUUGCCGGAUUUUGCUGGUUGGCAGGCGAUGCCAUAAUGAACGUCCGAAAGCGGCCACGUCUGGAGCUGGAGCUCAACUCUGGCUCUGUUUCCGCAGCUCCACCGGCCCUGCUCACGACCACCGCACACACGGCGGACCUGUCCGAGGCCUUGCUUGGCGGCGGUGGUGGCCAGAGCCUGAUCCUCACCAGCGCUGGCAAUGCUUUACUUAAUAGCAGCAGCGGCGCUCAGAUAUUCCUCACCAUCUGCGGCGAUGAGAACUCGGAGGAUGGCGAGGAAUCGCAGGAGUACUAUGCCAUUAAGCAGGAGCCCGGCUCCGAUUUGGAUGUGCAUACGCUGCUGCCCACCAACCUGCAGCUGCCCACCGGCUGUGAGAUCUACCUGGUGAAGGAUACCAGCAGCCUGGCAACGCCGCCGAAGGCCUCCAUUAAAUUGGAGCCUGAACUGCUGACCGAGAAGAUGGUAGCCUCCAGACCUGUGACGCUGUCGGUGGCAGCCACACCAGCACCUGCAGUGGCAUCAGCACCACCAGUUGCAGCAGCAGCAGGAGCGGGAGCAGGAGCAGGAGCUACCUCCACCACCAGUGUGCUCUAUGGCCAGACGCAGACGCAGCGUUCCGUGCCCGAAGUUGCCCCCACAACGCCCACCAGCAAGCUGGAGGCUUACAAGAAACGCGACGACAAGCGCCGUGCCACACACAACGAGGUGGAGCGCCGGCGUCGGGACAAAAUCAACAGCUGGAUCUUCAAGCUCAAAGAGAUGCUGCCCAGCCUGAGCUCUGGCGAGGCCAGUCCGAGUCCCAGCACCAGCACCAGUACCAGCACCAGCAGCAGCGCCAAAAGCAAUCUGAAUCUGAAUCCGAAUCCAAAUCCGAGCCCCAGCGGACGUACGCCGCCCAACGACUCCAAGUCGCAGAUCCUAAUCAAGGCGUGCGAGUACAUCAAGAGCAUGCAGGGGGAGAUUGACACGCUGCGCGACUGCUUGAGGGAGGCGGAUGGCCUGAGGGCCAGCAAUCAGGCGCUGCGCGAGGAACUGGACCGUCUGAAGCGUCAGCAGCAGAUGCAAGAGCGUUUCCACACUGCCGCCAGCACCAGGUCCACCUUCAAUGUGACGCUCAACUCGCUGAAUAGCUCGGCCACCAGUGAUCUGUUCGAGGGCAUCGAUACGACGCCCAAUCUGGCGGGAUUUGGUAAACGUGGAUUGCUCAUUAGUGAUUAUGAUGAGUAGGGCGUCUCGAUAAAAAAGAAAAAAGUAACGCCCAUCCACCAAAGAAUGACGUGCAACGUACACGCAACGCAACACACGCAGUACAAUAAACGGAUAUGACGAGAGAGGGAGAGAUUUCUUGUUAUCGCCGCCGCUGUUAUAUACAUAAAUACCUAUAUAUAUAUAUAAAUAAUAUAUAUAUAUAUAUAUAUAUAUGUUGAAGAAUAUGCAGUCGAUCUUGGGUGACUCAAAAGCCAUGUUUCGUUUGAAAGCUGUUCGUUUCCCCUCCCGUCAAUUGAGUUCAAUUAACAUGCCAAGCAGCUGGUUUGGCCUGAUAUUUGGUAUUUGGCAUUAUUGGCAAGGUGCUGCAAUGCCCGGGUAUGGCAUGGUAUGUACCUAGAACUCAUUGUUUAUUAUUUUUUAUAGUUUAAGGGUUUUGGUUUAAGAUCACAAAAGAAGCUUUAACCCUCUAAGUGCCACAAGAAAUUAAAUGAAAUACAUUUUUUUCUAGAAUCUAUUCUUAAAUGUUACAAAAAAAAUUUAAUAUUUAAUUUUUAUUAAAUAUUUUUAUUGUGGAGCUUAGAGGGUCAAAAACCCUAUUGAGUUGUUAUUUUUAUUAUUAUUAUUUUUUUUUACCUAUUUUUUUAGAUUUAAAAUGUUUUCAAGUUUAAAAAGCAAAAUGAUUAUUAAUAUAUAUUUCUUAUGUGUUGAAUAUUAACUCUCAAAUCAAACAUAAAUAGCCAAAAUAUAUAAUUUUUAUAAAGAAUUUAAAACUAGGAGUUUGAGUAACAAAAAAUCGACUGCAAAUUUGUGAAAUAUAAAUGUUAUCUUUUUUUUGUAUCUCUGAGAGAUCCUCAUGCAGUUUGCCAUCAUUAUAUAUAUAUAUAUACCUACAUAUUACCUAGACGUAUAUAGCUUAACUAAAGCGUUAAAGCGUUAACGAUAACGAUACCUACCUACUUGCAUAAAUACCUUGAACUAAUUCAUAUUUGAGAGCAUAUAUUUAUGCUUGUUUUUUCGAUUUUAUUGUACUGUUUCUCGCACUAAUUACCUACAGGAUAAUGUAACGAAAUUAUAUGAUAUAUAUCUAGUUAAAUAUCUUAUAUAUAUUAUAUAUAUAUAUAGACAUGUGUACAUAAGUAGGGCAAGCGUGGGCCACAUGGCGACCGUGACCGUGAGAAAGGGGGAGAACGUUAAGAAUAUUAUUAUAUUUGAGCAUAAAUUGUUGUGAAUGUUAUAUCACUGUUUUCGAUAUACACGCUGUUUCAGAAGUAUACAGUAAAAAAACGUUUUAUAUAAAUACAUAAGUUAAAUAGCGAAACAAACACAAAGAUUAAACAUAUAUAAGUACGAUAUAUAUAAAAAUUUGUAAUAACUAAAAAAGAGAAUGCCAAAAAAAAAAAAAAACACACACACACACAAAGAGUAACAAUACGGGAACUUUGGGAGAUUGUAAGGGUACGAGAGGAAUUGCAUUGUUUGACCCAUAUAUCGCGCCGAUGAUAUUGGGUAUUUGUGUUACUUGUUGCUAUCUAUAUACAGUACAUACAAAAAAUAAUAUCACAUUUCUGUCAUUUGACAGCUAAUUCUAUUCAAUUUCAAUAAACGAACUCAAUAAUGGUUAACACGGAACGCA